GCUCCUGUCUGCUUCUCUCUUCAUCUCAUUGGUCAGAGUCGUGCCUCUCAAGCAACCUGACAUGCGAGACAAGUUUACAACUCUAUACACGUGCGGGCGGUGCAUCAGGGCUCGUGGUGGCAUCCUGCACAGAGAGAAGGACGGAGGAGACUUCACUGUAGUGCGCGCUGUGUGGAGGCACCUGUGGGCUGUUAUUUCUGCCUGUCAGUUUGGGGCGUUAUUUCUCUCACCUGUGUGCAGCAGGUAUUUUUUUUUUUUUUGUGUGUGUGUGGGGGAGACAGAGGUGUUGUCCACAGCAGCUCACUGUGGAUGAAGACUCACUCCUCUCAUGGCAAGAAGACUCAAUAAUGUGUGCCUAGCAUGGCUGCUGCACCGACCACCCAGGGACCGGUAUGGCUUUUAGCCGCAUCAGUAAACUGGACCCCCCGUCCCGAGGCAUCUUCAGGAGAGCGGCGGUCAUGCUGUGCUCCCUCCUCACCUCCCUCUUCCUCCUGCACUGCCUCGCCGACCGCUGCAGCAGCAGCUCGACGUCUCCCUCACCGGUCAGGGCGUCCUCUGGCCGGCUUAUCGAGGACCUGAGGUCGCUGAGGACUAAAAGACUCGCGUACGAGUGGACCGCCGGGUCGGAGCUGACGGGCUACGGGGCCGGGAGGCGCUCCUCUCGGGUCCUCGCGGAUGAGCGCACGGGACGGGGCUCGAACUCGGAGCUGCCCGAGGAGGACGAGGAGGCUUUCAUCCUGCCGCCUCCGGAUCUAGUCGCCUCCAGGAAAGUGUCGCCGAGGUUCGCAGGUAAACUCAGCCCGCUCGGGGAGGGGAGCAAGAAGCUGCCCCAGGCUCUCAUCAUCGGGGUGAAGAAAGGAGGCACCCGGGCUCUGCUGGAGUUUCUCCGGGUUCAUCCGGACAUCAGAGCCGUGGGAGCGGAGCCGCACUUCUUCGACCGCAACUAUGAGAACGGACUGGAGUGGUACAGGGAGCUGAUGCCCAAGACUCUGGAGGGCCAGAUCACCAUGGAGAAAACCCCCAGCUACUUUGUGACCAGAGAGGCUCCAGCCAGGAUAUCCGCCAUGUCCCGGAGCACCAAGCUGAUCGUGGUGGUGAGGGACCCCGUCACCAGGGCCAUCUCGGACUACACACAGACUCUGUCCAAGAAGCCCGACAUUCCCUCUUUCGAGAGCCUCACCUUCAAAAACAGAACUACAGGGCUCAUCGACACCUCGUGGAGCGCCAUCCAGAUCGGCAUCUACGCCAAGCACCUGGACAACUGGCUGCAGUACUUCCCCAUGGAGCAGAUCCUGUUCGUGAGCGGCGAGCGGCUGAUCAGCGACCCGGCCGGAGAGCUGGGCCGCGUGCAGGACUUUCUUGGGCUCAAGAGGAUCAUCACAGACAAACACUUUUACUUCAACCAGACCAAGGGUUUCCCGUGCCUCAAGAAGGCCGAGGGCAGCAGCAAGCCCCACUGCCUGGGCAAAACCAAAGGGCGGACCCAUCCGAACAUUGACCCCGAGGUGGUGCAGAGGCUACGGGACUUCUACCGGCCCUUCAACAUGAAGUUCUACCAGAUGACAGGGCGCUUCUUUGGCUGGGAUGACUGAAUGUGUUUUUCCCUGAGGACUGUCAGAAACGGAGUAUUAGGAGCAAUCCGGGGAGGGAAAAGUUAAGAAUACAGUCGUAAUAUUAAGAAGAACAGUCAUAAUCCAACAAGAAACAAGUCUAACAUUACAAGAAGUUAUUAUUCUAAAAUAAUUAAGAAUAUUUUGUGAAUAACCCAAAACCUUGUCGUACAAAUCACGUUUUGGAAGCAAAAUUAUUUAUAGUAUUUAUGGAGAUCCAGGCAGAACAUGUACAUCUAAUCUAUUUAUUACAUUUUGGUUGUUAUAGUUUCAAAAAAAUCUAACUUUAUUAUCAUAAUAUUAUGAUGUUUUCUCAUAAAGUUUAAACUUCAUACUUGUAAUUACAUUUUUUAUAACAUUGAGAAUUUAUUCUGGUAAAAUCUGGUAAAAUAUUUAUAUUAUUGAACUUGUUUGUAUAAAAUUUAACAACAUAAUUAUCAUAAUUAUAAAUAUUGUAUAUGUACAUAAAUAUAUUAUUGGCAAACUGCAACCAGUUGAAGCGUUCCCGCCAACAUUUGACCCCAACUGUCAUGAACCAAAUUUUCUGCCUGCUUGUUUUGGAACUUCACAAUUUUAAUAAAACUGAACAGAAAAUUAAUGUGAUUUUAAUUUUAAUUGCCAUAACAGCUUCGGUGGUCCUUUUUCUUCCACUAUGUUGCCAAGAUGGCGACCAUUGAGGUCCAACGUUUUACUCACUUUUUUGUCCCUUAUCAUUACACCAUCUGGGUACUCAGAGUAGAGCUUCACUGAUAUUGGAAUUUUGCCACCUAUAAUGAUUUUAAAGGGGAAAGAAUUCUCAGAUUGAUGAUAUGGGGCUGUUACUUUUUGAGCUGGAAUGAAAAUAAACCUUUUUCUAUGCACCAGUUUUGGACCAAUAACAUACUCAAAAGACUGCUUCUUAAAGAAAUAACUUUAUUAAAGAAUAUCUAACAUUAUUAUAUAUUAUUAUAAAUUAUAUCAAUGUAUUACUUUGUCAGCUAAUUCUAGAAAUAUCUAACUAAAGAUAAAAAAAAAUAGUUUUAGUCAAUUGCAGACCAUUUAAAUUAAGAAUAAGAAAAAAAUAUAUAUAUAUGUUCUGAACAAGUCUUGGGUUAUUCUCAACUUACUAUACUCAUAAUAUUGUGAUUUUAUUCCUUAAAAUAUGACGUGUAUUUUCUCAAAAUAUUAUGAUUUUAUUCUCUUGUAUUUUUUCCCAAACCGUGUUCCUGGUGCUCCGCCCUCAGCACUAACCUUAAGCAAUAUGUGGCUGUUCCAGGAGAGAAAGAGGCCCAGUCUCCUCAGUGGCAGCCCAGAUAUGCAAUAUUUCACUGUUACAUUUUUCAUCAUCAGCGCUGCCUCUAAUCCACAAUCAUGGAGAUAUUUUCUUCCUAAAAACAUGUUCAAGGAUUUUCGUCAUAUCUCGCUGCACUAUCUGAAGGUUGUUUUUUUUUCAGUUUCGAGUCCUUGGCUGUGACACAGGAAUAUUGUAUGCAGUGCUUCUUUAAGAAGAUGUGUGAAAUCACAUUGUGUCCAGGGGCUUUUGAUAAAAAAAGAAAAAAAAAAGAAAAAGCGGAGUGAUUUAAUGCCAUAUUUUAAACAUACAUAGCUGCUUUCAAAUUUUAACAAUUUUUCUAGCAAAAAGGAAUAUGAAAAGAUAAAAAUAUAUGUAUUUUUGAAAUGUAUUUAUUCAAGAAGUACACAAGCAGUAUGUAUGUAUUUUGAAUAACUCCUCAGUUAUUAUUAUGCUCCCCAUGCCGUUACUUUGUUUUAUACUAAAAACAUCUUAUGCUCAUUUUAAUUUCAGGUCAUAUGUUCUAAUUUAUAUAAAAGUGUGGGAACGCUGGUGUCCACGUAGCGUUCAGAGCCAGAGCUGAGAGUUUGUUAUUUCUCCACCUUCAGUUAAUGAAGUUACAGGCAAAGAUAGCACUCACUGUUAUUAAAGCAACAGCGACUCUGGUGGAGGAACAGACCUCCUUCCCAAACUGUGACUCAAAUUUCCUCAACAUGCCUCCUUGUGAAUUGAAUACACUUGAUGUCACUGGCCUUCCUUGCCUCGAGGCGGUGUGUGUGUGGAAGUCUUUUUAAACCCAGGGAGCAUGAGAACAAUGGCUGAGUUGUGUUCCUAAUUUCUGUCUACUUGUAUUGUGAGCCACUUUCUGAAAGCAGAUGUGCCUCAAAAGACACAAACUCUUGGUUUCUUUGGUGUGAGCAUCAGAAAAGAACCUAAUAUAGGUUUUCUGGAGGGAUUAUAAUCUAAUUGUGCUGUUCUGACUGUUGUUUUCUUAAAGGUGUUGGGAUUUUUAAGGCACACCUUGAAUAAAAGAUGUUAUAUGUAAAUAUGUUAU